AUGAAGAAAAAUCCGGAGUACAUUUGUCAGAUUGAUGCAGCAACUGGCGAGCAAGAAACUAGAAAAUCUGUGCUCUCCCGAACCAUACGGCUCGCACAAUGCUUCAGGAGACUGGGGCUGGAGCCGGGGGACGUGCUGGUGUUGGGUGGAAGUAAUCAUCUGGAUGUCCACAUCCCAUACUAUGCGGCUCUUCUUAACGGCCUUCCUAUGGCUGGAGUUGAUCCACAGUUCAAAUAUACUGAAAUAAAGGAGCUUUUUAAAAUAGUGAAACCGAAGGUGGCUUUUUGUCAAAAUGCGAUGUACGAGUACUAUAGCCGAGCGGCUCAAGAUUUAGGACUCGCUGUUAAGAUAUUUACGUUUGAUGGUGAAAACUCCAUGACUAAGUUCAUGGACAGUUACACAGACCUCGAGCCUGAAGAGCAGUUUAAAGUCGCCGAGUUCGAUGUUUCCAAAGUGUACUGCUGGCUGGUGAGCACGAGCGGCUCGACUGGGUUCCCGAAGGUCGCGGCUCUGUCGCACUCGAACGUGCUACAGAAUGUGGAAUUCUUCAGUCAUGCAGCCCCUCCAGGGGGUGAGCAAAGAACAGCCAUGAACCUUUCAUCCAUCCAGUGGGUGACGGCGUGCUACAACGUGCUGCUGAUGCCCAUACACCACAUCAAACUGCAGACCUCUGCCGCCUGCACCACUGGACACGUCAUUGAUCUCAUCAACAAGUACAAGCCGGUGGGGACUGUCACAACGGCAACACUGUUGGCGCCCAUCCUGCAUCACGAAAAGCAUUGCGAUCUCACUUGCUUCGACGUCAUUAAAGUUGGCGGUUCCAAGAUUCAUGUGGAGUUCCUCAACGCUUUACGGGCCCGGGUGCGAAAAGAUACUAAGUUAAUCGUGGGUUAUGGAAUGACCGAAUGCGGAGGAACAGUAUUUAAGCCCUGCCCCGACGGACCUUUCGGCAACCUUGGAGUAGAAUAUCCACUAUAUGAAGUAAAGAUAGUUGAUCCAGAAACAGAAAAACUUAUUUUAGAACCCAAUGUGGCAGGAGAACUUCGAGUCAAAGGCCCUAGGAUGGAGUGUUACUACAAUAAUCCAAAAGCAACAGCGGAAGCAUUCGCAGAAGAUGGCUUCUUGAAAACAGGAGAUCUUGUGUAUAGGGAUGAAAACAACUAUUACUUCUUUGUAGAUAGAAUAAAAAUGCUACUGAAAUAUAGAAACUAUCAAGUUAUUCCUCCAGAGAUAGAAGGCGUGAUCCUGACGCACCCGGACGUACAAGACGUGUGUGUUACUGGUGUACCGCACUUUGAGGAUGGAGAGCGUGUGGCGGCGUGCGUCGUGCGGCGUCCAGGGUCCACCGUGUCCGCUCAGGAUAUCAAAGAUCUCGUUGCGAGUCAAAUGUCUGUUCAUAAGCAGUUGUACGGAGGUGUCGUGUUUGUCGACGAGCUGCCCUUAACAUCUACUGGAAAAAUUCGUCGUGUUAAAGUCAAAGAAAUUGUAAAAAAUUCUGAAAGAGAAUUAAUACACACGACUAGCAUUAAAUCAAUCGGUCGGUAG